AUGGUAUCAACCUCACCCCCUCCCUCCCGCUCUGCCCUCAGCAACAAGGCCCAUCGGUAUCGCAUACUCGACAACCUGCGCUCUCUACUAGACCGCUACUUCUCCUGGCCCUUACCCCGAGGCCCAAGCAUCGAAAUCGCCAUUCCUUCAAAAGUCAGCAAAGCCCCAGGAUCAAUUGAACUCUACUUCUUCACCGCACCCUCAAAUCCCCUCACACCCAAACAAACAAACCCAAGCCCACCCCGCCCCGUCCUCAUCAACUUCCACGGCGGCGGCUUCUCAAUCGGGCACGCCCGCGAUGAUUCCCGCUGGGCUGGAGCCGUACUAAAAGCCCACCCAGACGCGGUAGUUGUAAGCGUCAAUUACCGUUUAGCCCCGGAGCAUCCCUUCCCCGUCCCACUGGAAGACGGCGUCGACGCUAUACUCUGGCUAUGGCAAGAAGCGCAGCAAUACAAUCUCGACAAAACGCGCUUCGUACUCAGCGGAUCUAGCGCGGGCGGGAACCUCGCUCUAGCAGUGCCGUUCCGACUGCACGAGGAACUACAGAAAAAGCGCUGGGCGUCGAUAGGGGAGAUCAAGCUGGCUGGCUUGGUAGCGUUCUAUCCCAGCACGGACUGGACGCGGACGCGGAUAGAGCGUAAUGCUACGAAUCCUAUCGCUGCGCAGAAAUCCAUGAUUCCCCCUUCUUUGUACAAGUUCUUUGACGAUUCGUACCUUCUUGCUGAGGGUCUGCCAAAACGGCCCAGUACGGGUCGGGUAGAUAUGUCGCAUCCUUAUCUUUCGCCUGGUCUGGCGCCUGCAUCACUAUUAUAUGUGGCUUAUCCGCCUGCUGUGGCGGUUUAUACUUGUGGGUGGGAUCAGUUGCUUGUUGAGGGGAAUACGUUCCGGGAAAGACUUUGUGGGUUUGUUGAAGAAGGGAAGAUGGCGAGUGUAGGCGGAUUUGUAGUCGAGGAUGUUAUUCAUGGAUUUGACAAGAAGCCAUCUUUUUUGAGAGGGAAUCAAAUGCGUGAGAGGAUGUACGGGGAUGCUGUUAAUCAGUUGAAGGUGAUGUGGAAGAUGGAUUGA